AUGAUCAUGAUCUUACUUCAGACUUUGUGUAUCCUCGUGUUGUCAGCUGUAAGCACAAUACGUGCUGAAGGCGAGGUCAGAUGUAGUCAAAACUGCACAUGCCUCCUGUUGGAGAAUGUUUUUAUUCAAGCCAAUUGCUCUCGCCUAGGGUGGACCACUAUACCCCCCGACCUUCCUUACACUCUAAAGCUUCUGGAUCUGUCUCACAACCGUCUCACUUCCCUGACAUUCAAAGAUUUGUCUAAAGUGAAGAAUCUCAUUCAUCUGAACGUCUCGUUCAACAACAUCACGACUCUAGAAGACCGGUCUUGGAACAUAAUCGGGCAAACAUAUGAUCUGGACUUUGAUUGCGGUAACACUGAUGUUGGCAAAGGAAGCUUGCAGCUGCCAACUGGUGACAGAAAAGAGAAAGACGUGGUUUUAAAGAAGACACUUUCAUCCAUUAGAUACCUAGGUCAGUGGUGGCUUCAGACACUCGAUAUAAGUAAUAAUCUGUUAACAGAUAUUGCAAACAACACGUUUAGGUGUCUGACACUCUUACAGACACUAAAUAUUUCACACAAUGCUAUAACUACUCUUAAUCCAAUGCCCUUUAGUGGUCUACGCAGUCUUGUCUACUUAGAUUUGAGCGACAAUCGUAUCCCACUUUCUGCAGAAAGUUACCCAGAAGAAGUAUUCUCUCCACUGGGAAACCUUAGGGAUCUGAGCCUUCUUGGAAAUAAAAUUCCACAAGGGAGAGGUUGGGCACAUAAUCUGACAUUUGCGUACCCGUCUAGCUGGAGUUAUCCGGAUAAAGCUCUACAGCAUCUGACUUCCUUGCAGACUCUACACAUUGAUGGUUUACCAGGAGAUGCCAUUCCUGGUACAGGCUUUAAAAAACUGACUCAGCUAAGUUUUCUUGACAUAGGCAGUUUUAGAGGACUGUGCACUUUAGGAUCAUUACCUGAAUAUUUCUUUUCCAAUAUUGCCACAAAAAAGCCUAUCCACGUAUCAUUGCAAUCGUGCAAGCUGUCAUCUAUUCACCCUGACGCGUUUUCCUAUCUUCCUACUCUAACCAGCCUUAGUUUGCGCAACAACCAUAUUCUAGGAUUUGACAAAUUCAUGGAAGGCUCUCUCAGCCUUAACAAAACUCGCAUUAAAACACUGGAUUUAACUAGGAUUAACCUCUGGAGACGGAGAUAUGUUAAACUCCUGGCUCAGUGGUUUCAGCACUUGCAGUAUACGUCGUUGGAAACGCUUAUUGUAGACAACAAUGGCAUUAUGGAUAUUGAACUCAAGUUAGCCGUUAUUUUGCCCAGAUCUUUAAAAAUGUUUUCCCUGGCAAACAACAAAAUAAUCUGGAUACGGGAAAUUUUCACCAUAUACUGGCUGGAAAAUUUACAAAUUAUUGAUCUCAGUAUUCAGAAUAAAUUCACAGAGUAUGGGUUAGCGAAGAAAAUAGAUACAUUUGAGUAUACAGAAUCCGGUUCAAACUUGUAUGAACUUUCGGAUGGAAUAAAUCUCUCUUCCGCUGCUCAAAAAGAGAAGCCGGAUGACAAUUCGACAAUAACCUCUAAUGAGACUUCCGCUUACCGGUCGUCACUGAUUAAUCGAAGAAAAGAUCCAGAUAUUAGUUACGAUUUGAUAUCACAUGAUACUUUGCGCCAGUUACAGACAUCUGUAUGUCCAUCUAUAAAGGCAAGGAAUAUUACAUGGUCAGACAAAGACGUAGUAUACGUGAUUUCAAGACCUAAUGGACUCCAGCGCAUGCGCAGACUUGUCACACGGCAAAAUAUUUCCGUCUCUAAACCAUUUUCAAAUCCAAUUCCAAUUCCGAGAAGCUUGAAGAAAAUAUACCUGAAUGAAGCUAAACUUGGCCUUGCGAUACCCAAGCUUUCAUUUCUAAACAACGUUUUAGAACAUUUGGAAUUAGCAGAUAACUUCCUUUACUGUUUCGACGGUCCAAUGUAUGGGCUUAGGAAUUUAAAGUAUUUGGACUUAUCUAAUAACUACUGCAUCGCUCUCAAUCCGCUGUUUUUCUCAGACAUGCCUAAGCUGGAAACACUGCUACUCACUUUCAACACCCUCGGUCCUUCGUUGGAGACUGAUGAGAACGGUACUACUUUUUCUAACAUGGCAAGUCUCAAGUAUAUUGACAUAUCGCACAAUGAUAUUCGAGUUUUACACCAAGAUGCAUUUUCCAACACGGGUAAUCUUCAAACUAUUCUGCUAAACAACAAUGCCAUUAAUGAAUUCAACACUAACAUAGGCCAUUUGAUCAAUCUUACACUGUUGGACCUAUCCGGAAAUGCCAUAUCCACGGUCUCGCACGCAACAAUGGAGAAUAUUGAAAACAUUUUGUCUGUGAGCCCGACUUUGAAAAUAGACAUUUUAAAUAAUCCCCUCCGAUGUGAUUGCACAACUAUUGCUUUUUUAAACUGGUUUCAGCUUAGAAAAGUGAUUUUUCGCAGACGCAGUUUAUACAAGUGUCAGUUUAUAAAUGGGACACAUGUCAAAUUGGAAGAUAUUGCUGAAUUUUACACCCCGCUGUGGAAAAGAUGCAAUGGUACAACUUUUCUCGUGCUGGCGCUCUCAGGGUUAUUCUUGAUGUUGAUUCUCUGGUCAGGUUUCGGCAUCUACUGCAUCUACAGAGUAAAGCUAUUAUUCUACAUCUACAUUAGCAAGCGACUUUACGAUGAUGACGAACCGCAAUGGAGACGUUUUGUUUUUAAUGUUGUACGUCCUUCAUUGGAAGACAGGGGCGUGUCGUGUUUCAUCAGCGAGAUCGAACCCAUGGCCGGCAAGCCUUUGAAGAUGACUGACAGCAUCACUUCUGUUCAUCUAUCCACAGCUAAGAAGACACUAGUGCUGCUCACCAGGGACCUCUUUGUGAUAGAGGACCAUGAACUUGAGGUCAACAUGGCCAUGCUGUCAGAGGAGAUGCGCAUGUCCAAAGUUUUAUAUUUUUUGUUGCUCGAGGAUUGUCCGCCCGACUGUUUUCCCCCACAUUUGAGAGAAUGUAUUGAGAAGACUAGACCAGUCGUCUACAAUAGGAAUAAUCCUCAGUUUUGGGAUCACUUUGCCAGAAUGAUAAAGUCACCGUCGCUCUUCUAA